GCCUGCAACAGCGACAUCCCCAUUUACCCAAUAAAUUAAGCUACCGAAAAUGGCAUUUUCUCGUUUGUCCAUAUGGGGAAGUUGCAGAUACCUGUUCCUGGACACCAUUAUAAGGGGAAAAGCACCUCAGUUGCUCAGAAGGUUCGAUCACGUAGACAGUUGGAUUGGAGGAGGAGGAGAUCAUAUGGGAGCGCCAAACGACGUCCCGCGGGGCAGAAGCAGGAAGUCAUCCUCAAGGGGACACCACAGAUUUGUAGGAGUCCGACAGAGGCCAUCCGGGAGAUGGGUGGCUGAGAUCAAGGACUCCCUGCAGAAGGUCAGGCUUUGGCUGGGAACAUUCGACACUGCUGAGGACGCUGCUCGUGCUUACGAUGCUGCUGCUCGGAACUUACGUGGUGCCAAUGCUCGCACCAACUUCGAGUUACCGCAGUCCGGAUCAAACACUUUAAGUGGCGCCGGUGCUAACGGUGUUUUCAACGAGAGUGCCGAGCCCUUCUCAUUCGAACAAGGGAGCGGGACGGUCACGCCAGAAGCAGACGGGCUUGUUGGCGCCCUCAAGGCCAAACUGCUCGAUGGCAAGGGACUGCGAAUGCUCGCAGCUCCCGAGAGUUGUUUGGGAGCCAAAGCCAGCAGCGGUAUGGUGAAAAACUCAUCACCUGACAACAUUGGUACAAAGAGAGGGCAAUCAUCAUCGCCAACUGCGGCCGUUGCUCCUCGUGGGGUUGGGAUUCUGGACUCUAUGCAAGUUUCUAAUAGUUUUCCGGGUCCAAAUAAGCUGGCUGACUCUCUCCUAGACCAUAAUGACCAUGAUCAUGAGGCUGUAGCAGGGCAUGUUGGGGUCCAGUGGCAUCAAUCCUGCCAAGCAGCGUUGCCAACAAGGAUCACCCCAUGGUCUUCUGAACCAGCAUACGAAGUGCCAUGGCCCGCACAGACGAACCAUAUCCAAGAUCAGAAUGGCUUGUUUACUGCUGCUGCUGCUUCUACAUCGGCAUGGCAGCUUUCUGGUGCAACUGGGGCAACGAUUAACUUGGCAUAUCCAGAUCAGGGCGCUUUGGAGCUGAUGUCAACAAAUAAGAUUAAUGGGAAAGCGCAGUUGUUUCAGAUUGAUGGAGCUGCAAUGCCAGAAGAUGUGUGGUCAGCCGAGCAACAGGUUGUGCACGGUGAGAACAACAGUUGGGGUGGCGCAAAUGGCACUUGGGAUCCUCUCUUUUAUGUACCCUCUGUUCUAGGAUGAUAUAUAUAUAUGAUAUUUACUGCAUAUGAUCACUUAAUUUCCGCCAUGAAUAUCAUGCGUGGUUGUUGUACUUCUU